AUGGAAUGCAUCCCGAAUGAAGCGGCCCAGGGGGGCAGCGUUGUGGGCGUACUCGCGAAGCGAGAAAAGCCGCAGUCGAAGAAGCGUCAGAAUCAAGAUCAGCAGCAAGAGCCGCAGCAGGAUGAGGAGAGGUUACCGAAACACCAUGUGCAGCUAUUCGAUCAGGGGGAGCAGGAGGGCGGCGGAACGGAGCAAGAAAGCGGUGCUCCGACGCGGCCAUUUGUAUACGUGUACGAUCUGGGGGAGCAUCUGACGACUAAGGUGCUGAAAUUGGAGCAGGAGUGGUACUCGGAACAGUACGACCUGGAGAAGCACUUAACGGAGAUGCUUAUGAAGCGUACAGACAACCCCGUGCGCACCAUGGACCCCGAGAAGGCGUCGCUAUUCUUCGUGCCCUUCUACGUGUCGCGCUACCUCUUCUCAUUCUUCCAUAACGACCAGAAGAACAUGCGGCAAUGCAUUGAAAAGAGCUCACGGGCGUGGACGAAAGUCUUGAAAGCUGUGCGCACCACCUUCCCCUACUUCAACCGCACCAACGGCCGAGAUCACUUUGGCGUCCUCACGCUCGAUCACGGCCGUUGCCACUCGCUGACGUUUGUGGAUCCGCGGCUGGUGGGCGAGAUGUUCUUUGUCACGUACAAUGGAGACAAGCUCGUGCGCAGUGACCAUGCCGCCAACGACCCCAGCAUGCAGCUCCUAUCGUACCAGUACGGCGCGCCAGCAGACCCCACCAUCCCGUCCAUCCCAUGCUACAUGCCGGAUCGGGAUAUCACAGUGCCUGUCAUCGUGCGCGCCCAGGUGCCCUUCGUCUCGCCCUUCGCCACGCCACGCAAGUGGACGGCUAUUUUCCGCUUUGUGGCGUCACCGCACAAGGACGUGAAGCUCGACGUGCGCAGCAGAAUACUUCAGGCAGCGAAGGCGGACAUGGCACCGGGGUGGGACCUGUUUCCCAAGAGCGAGGAGAGGACGGACCAGGACUGGCAGCACAGCGUCUUCUGCAUCUGCCCGCCCGGCCACUCCCAGUGGACCAGCCGCCCCUUCAAGGCGCUCAUCUCAGGGUGCAUACCAGUGACGUUCUUCCGCGAGCAUGACAACCCGUGGCAGGACACGCUCAACUACGAUGCUUUCUCCGUCAACAUCGACCCUGAUGACGUGCCGAGGAUGAGAGAGAGGCUAGAGAAGGCGAACGUGCCCAUGCUGCAGAAGGGCGUAGAGCAGGUGCAGGACACGCUCAUCUACGAUGCUUUCUCCGUCAACAUCGACCCUGAUGCUGUGCCGUCCAUGCGAGCCAGGCUGGAAAAGGCUAACGUGCCCAUGCUGCAGAAGGGCGUGGAACAGGUGCAGCACUUGCUCAAAUACGAUGCCUUCUCCGUCAACAUUCACCCUGACGACGUGCCGUCCAUGCGAGCUAGGCUGGAGCAGGCUAACGUGGCCAUGCUGCAGAAGGGCGUGGAACACGUGCAGGUGGGUGUAGAGCACGUGCAGGUGGGUGUAGAGCACGUGCAGGUGGGUGUAGAGCACGUGCAGGUGGGUGUAGAGCACGUGCAGGUGGGUGUAGAGCACGUGCAGGUGGGUGUAGAGCACGCGCAGGUGGGUGUAUGUAGAGCACAUGCAGGUGGAUGCCCAUGUGUGCGAUUCGUUUUGAGACCUCUCAAAGCCAACAAUAUAUCACGUGACCUGUUGUCUAUGUGA